AUGGCAAUCACGAGAUUCCAAAACCUGCAUCAUCAAAGCAGCGUUAUGAUUGGAGCUCUAGCUAUGGCAGACUUAUCGAUGGGCGUGGCUUAUACUCCAGUGAAACUUUUUCGAACGCACGUGCCGUACCUCUUCAGAUUGGAAAUGCCAUGUAUGAUAGCAAUGUACAUAGGACAUUUUGCCUCUUUAGCGGCGAUAAUAUUUAUCUCAUUACUGUCUUUGAAGAGGUUCUACGCAAUACAGUUUCCUUUCCACUACCAAGCUCACGCAACCGUAAAAGUGGCAGUCAUCGUCAAUGUCGCUGUGUUUGUUUUCAUUGCGUCUGCUCUGGUUCCUUUGGUCGCAGGCGCAGCAAUGUGGUACGACGGAGUCAGCUGCUACGCUCCAACUCUCUAUCCGAGUUUGUACACGCGAUUUAUCGUCGCUGUGGCUGCGAUUCCACUGUUUCUGGGCUUUGUGGGCUUCAUCAGAGUCUGCGUUGCUGAAUUCAGAUUCAGGAAGCAGGUUUUCGAUCAGUCGGUUACCUCGUUGAAGAAGCAAGAAUCCAUCAGGUCGAAACUCAUAAUAACAGUAUAUCUCGUCUCGCUGUGCUUCUGGGUGCCUCAUAUGCUGUACUAUUUGUACGACACCGUAUCGAAGGCGGAUCGAAACGUCUAUCUCUUCAGAAUUGUCAGCCUUGUGGAUCUCCGGAGCUCUGCGGUGAACUGUUUUCUGUACGCCUGGAAGAACAGCAAGUUCAAGGCCGCGUACAUUGAACUGUUGCGUCUUAAGCCCUCAACAGAAGUGAUUCGCCCCUCCACCAUUGACACCGUGUCACUUUCACAUUCAUUAUAA